GUUUGGUGUUUGUCACAAUAAAGGCGGAGUGGGUUUUGCUGUUGCUGUGUUUUAAGGUUGGUCUAUUAUAUAAGAUACAGUCUCCGUAGCUAAGCGGGUUUUUUCCGUCUGAUCGAAGUGCCGGGCGAGAUGUUUGCCAAGCCUGAACCAACUGUUCCUAUUCUCCUGACCUUUGUCCUGUGAAGAGGAGCUGUGCCAUGCAUCCAGACCGUCAGUGCUGCCAUUACCCCCAUUCUCUCCUGACGCAUUCUCAGAGCAGUCACUGCGUACCGAGCCUGCUGCCGAGGGCUACCGGACGGCGAAAACAGACUUUACCGUAUGCGUCUUUUUUACGCACGAUGCCAGAAAAACACAGUAAGUGAAAACCUGUCUGGACGCCUCUGUUCUGGAUUUAAUACCAUGUUUUCGUGCGCAAAAUGGCUUCAGUGAAACAGACUACGAUAAUCUGCGAGAACGGACAAAACUUUGAUGAAAACUUGGAGUGGAGCUACAUUGAGUGGCAAGUUCAGGAAGAUGGUUCUACUGGUGUAUGCAGCGCGCAGACACAAACCGCCACAGUGCCUACGGAGGACAAGGAAACACAGACCAGCCACCCGGUAAUAAUGCGGAUAGAUUUAGCAAGGACACCUUCGAAACUGAAAAACGCGUCGUUUGUGGAAUCUGACGGAAUUCUCACGCCGCUCUUCCAGUUUGACCGGCAGGCGCCUGGUCGUAUUUCUACCUCUCCCACCUUGAGGAGAAUGAGGAAGAGUACGAGGCGUCCGCAGAUGGAUUUCCGGGACCCCACGAAUAUGGACAACAGGCAGGAGGAUUUGGGCGCGUCUGAGACACCCUCCCCAGAGAGUCCCCUAUCACCUGCACGCAGGCUCAGGUCCCCACUGGCAGCUAGUCCGCUCUCCGAUGGGGAAUUCCAUCAGGGCUGCCAGGCGGAGUCAUCCUCAAUGCGAGAUAAAAGCAGGUCGAGUAGAUCGAACACUUUGGACAAUGGUGUAAUCUGCAGAACACUGGAAAGUGUCAUUACAGACUGUGAAGGCACAGAAGACUCUGACCAGGAAAAGGACUCUUGCCACAAAAGGCUACAGGAGAGGAGACGCAGCUCUGUGGUCGUCAGCCUGCCAGGCCUGGAUGUGUCACCAGGGGAUCUGUUUGUGUCCAACGGGGCAGCGGACAUGCUCAACGACUCCACAUUUUCAGAUUCCAAGAAAUCAAAGUGGCCUUUCUCCAGACGUAGCACGAGCAAAGGGAAGAUCCGGUCAGCCUCUGAUAUUGAGAAGUGUCUCUCAGCAGCACAGAUCCAAGACUGGAGGGACACAGACUUCCAGAGGUACAAGGACUGCUCACUGGGGAACUUCCUGAAGACUCAUGGCUGCGCAGACGGGGCCGAGGGUUUGAAUCGGGAUUGGAAGAGAGAAGAGGCUGUGUGGGAACUCUUCACCAGCGAGUGCAUCUACUUCCUAGACCAGCUGAUGGUGCUCAAAGAGGUGUUUCUUACCACACUGACCCACCUGCAGGACAGCGACUGCCUGCCGGACAUUGAUCCCUGGAGGCUCUUUGCCAAUCUGAAUGAACUGUGCCUGGUCAGUUUCGGGCUCUUGACCAGCCUUCUGCGUGUGAUCAGAGACUCCUGGGAGAUACCAGUCACAGGCAACACUCCCAACCUGCAGGACCUACUCACCAAGGCAUUCAGUGAAAGCAUUUGCCACUGUCAUCAGAAGUACUGCCUCAACUACCCCACAGCAGUCAGUUACCUGGACAGCCUGAAGCAGAGAGAGGACUUCAGCACAUACAUCAAGUGGUGCGAGCGGCAUCAGGAGUGCAAGAGGCUGUACCUGCGUGACCUGCUGGUGGCGCCGCUGCAGCGGUUCACCCGCUACCCCCUCCUGCUGAAGAACGUCGGCAAGCGGAGCCAGAGCGAGGCGGAGAAGAGUGCCGUACAGGCCGUGGUGGAGCUGGUGGAGGGAUCCAUACAUGACCUGGAGGGGAAGGUGAAGUGGCUGGAUAACUAUCAGCAGAUGAAACGGCUGAAGGAGUCGCUGGUCUGGCAGCCAGUGUGGGACCGCGACAGGAGGGCUUUUGUACCAGAGAGCCUCCGACACCUGAUGAAGACGGUGAGCCUGGAGAACCUGGUGGCCAAUCGCAGCCUGGUGCACGAGGGCCGGCUGGUGCUCAUAGAAAACGCAAAGCUGCAGGAUGUCUACCUGUUCCUGUUUGACGAAUUUCUGCUGGUCGCCAAGAUGAAGCGGAAUAAAAAGAAGUCUGCUGGGUUAGAAUCGAACUCCAUGCGUCCAGCGGUCAAUCAGGAGCUCCAGGCCCUUCUGAAGGAGGGGUGCACCUUCACUGUGCUGGACCAGCCACUCUCUCUCGACCGGAUCCAGCUCAGGAACAUUGACCAACUCAAUGCAACAGCUUCUGGGCUGCCCAAUUCCUUCAUUAUAACCCACCAGAACCGCUACAUGCAGUGUGUCGCUGUAUUUGUACUGCAGGCUCCCUCUGAAUCCAUCAAGAAAGCAUGGAUGUUGGCACUAGAUGGUGCAGUAGAGGCGUUGCUGAAGCAGGAGUCCCAACAGCCCCGGGUCAGGAACUCCCUGUGGCUGGAAUCCUCGCAGAUCUGACCACCACCCUAACCCUGGCCUGCAACCACACAAGCGUUCAAGUCCGAAAA